AUGUCAUCAAUUCAGAAGGCGACAGAGUACAGGGGCACAUUCUUCAUGUUCUUCUUCAUAUGCCUCUUUAUCGCUAAAAUAGCCUGCGUUGGCUUGUCGAGCCUUGAAUGUACCACAGAGACUCCAAGGCAAAACACCGCAGGCGCGAUCCCCAUCCAGUGCCACAGAACUUCUGUUCCUUCCAAUGAACCUGAUGGUAUCGACCCGUCUUUCAGUCAGCUUUUUGGUCGGAGCGACAGCGGAAUGUCCGCAUUCUGGAUUCCACUCUACCUGCAGGACCCUGCAUAUCUCGGGACGUUUUAUCCUAUUCAAUAUGUCGAUCAGCGGGGCAGUAGCCUGUGA